AUGGCUCUGGAGUCCCCAGGAAAAUCCAAAGCAAUCUCGUUGGACUGGCGAAGAAAGUUGCCGAGAUCACUACAGAUGCAGAACGCCUCGCUCAAAAAUUUCGAGCGACAAUGUCGAGUGACCGAGCCGGAUCUUCUUUCUGUCUACUUCCGUCUAACCCUUGGUUCAGAUCUGGGCCCGAUAGCCUUGGAUGAAUGGAGACUGCUGCCGGUCAUUGCACAACGCACUAGGAGUUGGCUUCAGAAGAAUAUCCGCCAGGUCAUAGCAUGCACUGACCAACUAAAAAUCAUCUCAAACUCCAAAGAGAACGAUUCACAACACCAACGUCGACAAUCACCAGCGACUGGGACUACUUCAUCCCUCGGCUCUACCGUCUCGGAUCCCUCCCAGCUCUCACCUCUUCCUGGUUUACGUGCAGAGCUCAUCUCCUUAGACGAGCGGUGGCCUUGCGAGAUCUUGAUCACUGAUCCGUCCGAUGGGAACGAGCUCCGCAUCAGCUUCUGGCGCACUGUACGAAUCCCCGAAGACGGCAAAGUGUAUGACCUACCAGCUGGCUUGGGAAGAUUCCCUUUAGUCGGUGCUCUGGCGUUCCGAGAUUUAUUAGUCGAGGAAGAUGAUGAAAAGAUUGAUGUCUUACUUCCAAUGUACGAUCGGGAGGCCAUGUAUGUCGAAUUUUCUGCCGGACGCUACGAGCACAGUUUGGAUUUCAGCCAGAGACCAUUUGCAGUGCGACCUUAUGUUGGCAGAAUCAAUGCUAUCUCAAGUUCUCCUAUGCAGAGUGCAAGCACCCAUGGUUAUCCAGGAGGCGACAUGAAGCCAAGGACUAGGGUUGGAGUGGAAUAUACGAAUGAAGUUAUCACAGCUCCCCCAGAUUAUCGACAAGAUUACAUUGUCACAGAGGCCUCUAUCCACGAUAUUCGAGUGCAUGCCCAAUGGCUUGAUGGAGUUGCGUAUCAGCCAGGCCGAGUGAAACAGUUUGUAAGUGUACCGUUCGGAAGCGGUGCGUCUAUCGAGGCCCAAAAAUCCGGCGAGGAGAAAUAUGGUGGGAUUCAGCUGGAGAUCAUUCCCACCUUCCCGUUAGAUCGACUUCGAAAACUCACUGGCAAAACCAUUUGUCUUUCUAUGCUCAACAUAACAGGGAAAACGGUGGAGAUCAUGAUUGAUGGGGGUGCCUUGGUCUAUGACCUCCUACAGAUGAUUGAUGCUCGUGUUGGUGCCGGAGGAGCCAGUCUUGGCUUCUGGAGACUCAUCUUUCGGGGUAUUGGGCUGGAACCCCUGGGUCGUCUCGCAGAUUACGGUAUCUCGAACAAUUGCACAAUCCAUAUGGUACCUAAGCUCCGAGGUGGCGGAUCAGGGCCAGCGAUAGCGGCGCCCAAAAGAAUGUCUCUCGGUGCUGGAGGGUCAGUCUCUCAGAAUAUCAGCGCCGACCAUUACCAGCCUUCUGUAUGGGACGCGAGUCGACGGAAGCUGAUAAAUAUUCAGAUCAUCAAUUCUAACGAUUUCGAAAAGCUCACAGGGGUGAAAUCACCGCCCACGCCGAUCGGAUUCGAGACAUAUGAAAGUCUCGGCCUGCCAUUCUUCCACUACUACCUUGAGGACGCCACCGCUGUCAGUGGGGAUUUCAGUGGUGUGAUGUCAAUAGAAGCUUUAGCGGGACAAAGUGCUGCGAGCUUCACGUCCGCCUUAGAAGACGGAGCUUCUAAUCGAUCGGGGUACGACUGGGUCACGUCGCCCAAGGAGUGUGCCAACUGCCGUGACGAUGUACCUCAGAAAAUGUAA